GGGUGUCUGAGUUGCGCUGCCGCUGCCCUGGCGAAGCGGGAGUCCCCAGGCGGACGCAGUGCUGUAGCUGCUGGAGCGUCUGGGUUCCAGCGGGGUGAGCAAGGCGGGCUCGGUCCUGCAAGCAGCCCCCCAGCUGCGGCUUUCAGCCGCAGGAGUGGAAGCGCCCUUAACCCUUCCACGCCUCCCCUUGGCUGGAGAGAAGCGGCGAAUGAAGUGAGGAUGGUUAUCCGGGUGUUCAUCGCAUCGUCCUCUGGCUCGGUGGCGAUAAAGAAGAGGCAGCAAGAUGUGGUACGAUUUCUGGAAGCCAACAGAAUAGAUUUUGAAGAGGUGGAUAUCACCAUGUCAGAGGAAAAAAGACAAUGGAUGUAUAAAAAUAUUCCUGAGGAAAGACAGCCUGCACAGGGCAAUCCACUGCCACCCCAGAUAUUUAAUGAUGAUCAGUACUGUGGAGAUUAUGAUUGCUUUUUUGAAGCAAAGGAAAGCAACACAGUCUUCUCCUUUCUAGGGCUGAAACCUAGCUUGGCAUCAAAGGAGUCAGAACCCUAGAAAAAUUCUUUGAAGAUUCAACAAGCACAUCUGGAUGAAAAACCUUGUUCAGCACAUGACUGCUUUCCUAAUGGAUCACUGUGAUUAAAAAGCCAAUGCGAAUCCUCAAUAUUUUGCUUGCCAUGGAAGAGGUGCUUUCCAAAGAUGUGAAAUUAAUGUGUACACAAAAUGAGAUAAAGGGUGAGAUGAUACUCCUUUUUUU